AAGUUACGUGAAAUUUUAAUUUCGCGAUCAGUUUAAAACUAAGUACCGUAGCAGCAACUUGCAGCGUUUAGCCAACUGUAUUUCUUACGAACUCAUCUUAAGCACCAAGAAAAUAACUCACAAAAUGAAAUUUGCGCUAACUUUCGUGUUUAUCGCGCUAUUCGCACUUGUGGCAGCAGCCAAUCAAACGGCAAGCCACCACCUCUUCAUGGGCACGCGUCUGCCAGGCGAUCGUCAUCUGGUGCGCGAAAUAGUUUUUUCUAAAUCUGGAUUUAUGCGCAAGAAGACCGGCGACUAUGUAUUCGAACAGCGGAAUAUACCCUAUCCAGCGAUUAUUACAAGCAUCGAAGUGAAGGAUCAGUAUAUAAAUGGCAAUGGUGGCUAUGCGACGCUGACGAGCGGUGGUCCAGGCUUCAAUUUCGUGAAAUUACAUUUCACUAGCCAAUGGUGGCGCGGCUACAAUUUCGUUAUUGAUAUUUAUGGAAAGUAACUGUUAAUUGAUAGCAACUAUUAGUUAGCUACAGUGGUGACAUUGUAAUGUUUGUGAUCUUCUUAAAUUGAAUUCGUGCAAUAAAGUGUGAUUUUACUAGAAAA